GAUGCUAUGUCCAUCUGUAGCCCAACAGCACCAUCACCGGACAGCGUGGCCACGUUUCGAGCAGUUCUCUAUGCUUUAAUGAAGCGACACCCACCCGUCUACCCAGAUACAACUUGGAAAAAUCGAACGAGUACAUUGCUGUAUAUACCAGCUUACCAGCCUGCACAGUCGAACGUCGCAUCUGUGGUAGAGAACACGUGUGAUAUAGACAAUGUUGACACGUCCUGUUACCGACUACGGAUUUUAAACUUUUUGGAACUAAACCAUUUUGUAUCUCUCAGACGAUAUUAAGAUUGUUUUUUAUUCAGUUGGUGCAAUGUCCUCUUGGCAAUGUUAUUGCUGUUAUCCGUUUUAGCACGGGUAAAAUGAACAAUUGAUAUGUGACAGAUUGAGCGGAGUGGAUAGCAUUUUGUUUUCGUUUUGAAAGAGUGAAUGUUCAGUGGACGGUGUUGUGCGAUACGUAGUAGAAAAACGGAGGAAUUGUCUGUGUAUUGCAGUUCACAUUUCAAUCAAUACUAUAGGGCAGUGUUGCCGUGUACAGGUAGAUCAUCGGCAACAUCGCUCAGCUGAUAUUGGAACUUAGACCGCGCACCGCACAGGGAGACGAAUUUCAGUAAUACCUCAUAGGCUACGGCAGUGAGCAAGUGUUAGGCAGCACCCUCAGGGUGCAAUGACAUGGAG